AUGGAAAUGCUCUCUUCAAUCCGCCGGAUGCUCUCCCCCCGCAUCCUGCUGGACGACGAUCCCCCCUCCCCUCCCUCCCCGUCCCACAACAAGGAAAACCCGCACCCCUCUUCUCUCAACAGGACCCGUCUCCCUCCCUCCCCGCACAAACGCGCCCCUCGCGUACCCCCUCCAAAGCCCAUCCCGGGUUCCAAAGCCACCGUGGGCUUCCCGGUCCGCUCGCAGCACCGCGUCCACGUCGAAUCCGAUGCCUCCGCCACAUCUGGCUUCCGCGGACUUCCGCCGCGCAUGGAACAGGAGUUGCUCAAACAGGGCAUCACCAACGAUGACUUCAAGGCCGACCCGGACGCCGCUCUGAGGGCCUUCCAACUGUACCUCUACGGCGCCCCGCCCCCACAGAAGAAGAAGCCCUCCCUCGCCCUCGCCGCUGCUCCCGUCCCGCGAAGGGAGCCGUCCGCCCAUCGCGUCCCCCCUUCCACCCCGCCUCGCAAGCCCCUCGCCCCGGCCAAGAUGUACAUCCACAACCUCAACCCGCGCGACGUGUUCUCAAAUAUGAAACAAAUUGGGCAGGGCGCGAGCGGCAGCGUUUAUGUGGCUUCCAAGAAGAGCAGCGGAAAGGUUGCUCUAAAGAAGGUCAAGCCGGAGAACAAAACCGAGUCAGACGCGUUGGAAAUGGAGAUCAGGAUGAUGUGUUGCACGAGACAUCCUAAUUUGAUCAAGUGCCAUGAGACGUACAACUGGGGAGGCUUCAUGUGGAUUAGCAUGGAAUACAUGGAUGGAGGUUGCUUGACUGAUGUGCUAGAGAAUUAUCAAAACUUGCGGGCGACUAUGUCGGAGGGAGAGAUCGCCUUCGUCAUAAGAGAGGUCCUCAAGGGGCUCAUGUUUAUGCAUAGCAUGAAGAGGUUGCAUCGGGAUAUCAAGUCGGAUAAUGUGCUGAUCGGAGCGAGCGGGCAGGUGAAGCUUGCCGAUUUUGGGUUUUGCGCAGAGCUCACAGAGGAGAGAAAGAAGAGGACCACAUGCGUCGGGACGCCAUAUUGGAUGGCACCAGAGCUCAUUCGACAGAGCGAGUACGACUACAAGGUCGACUUGUGGAGCGUAGGAAUCCUCGCUAUCGAGUGCGCAGAGUGGGAGCCACCCCAUAUGGACGAGAAACCGUUGAGGGCAAUGUUUCUCAUCACGACACAGCCCCCGCCCAAACUGAAGGCACCGCAGAGUUGGUCGGCAGAGUUUAACGAUUUCAUCAGCUGCUGCUUGGUACUCAACCCUGCUAGACGGGCCUCGGCAAGCCAAUUGCUGUCCCAUCCGUUUUUGAAAAAGGCUAUCGCGCCCGAAGAAGUUGCCCGCUUGUUUGCGGCGACCAAGUCGCAAUGAGGAAUGAAAAGGGAAUAGGGCACGAUAUCACAGAUUGACACAUUAAGAAUAUAGCUAGAAAAGACACUGUUGUUGCACGAGGGACAGACAGAGGACGAGAUUUGACAGAGAGGGCUUGUGGAGAUAUCGUGCCCUUUCUUCAUUCUCUCUCGACUCUAUCGGAUGAAGUUGCACGUUUUCACAGUUUUUAAAAACGAAUGUCGCACCUCCUUG